GCAGAACCGUUUGACGAUGCCACCAACACGGACGUCAUCAUCCGCACUUCCGAUGCCGUCGACUUCUAUGUCGACAAGUUCAUCCUCUCAAAGGCGUCCGCAUUCUUCCGACUUAUGUUCACCUUACCUCAGGGACCCAAUGCCUCUGACAAGGGCACCGUUGAGACAGGCAAGCCCAUCGUCGAAGUCACAGAACCCGCCGCCGUCUGGGAGCAGCUUAUGCGUGUGUGUUACGCUGCCACCGCAUUCGCACCGCCAGAAGGCAUCGACUACAUAUGGCCUCUGAUCGAGGCCGCCAGGAAGUACCAGAUGGACGGAGUGCGCAGCGUCGUCAGCCAGGCGCUUCUCUCUGCCGAUGCGCUCGAAAAUCACACCAUGCGCGUAUACACUCUUGCCUGUGCAUACGAGUUGGAGGACGUCGCUCGAAUGGCCGCCAGAUAUACCUUGCGCCAACCUCUGCAUUCUAUCGCAUACCGCCUUCUCGACUAUCACCGAGAAUGCGGACGCGUCGCACGCACUUUUAUCAUGGAUGAAAGUUGCUUGAUGGAGGGUUGGGCGAGAGAGCUGCAGGAUUGCAUUUUCCUCUGUUGUGGGACAUGUGCUGGAGACCUCAGCGGCUAUGGCACCUCAGGUAGAUCCUUCGUACGGGCAUAUUCGAUAGCCUACAUGAAGCGUAGCGCGGAUGCUCUCGAAAUACGUCCUUAUCCACCGUGCGUGGCUGAGUUCUCAAUCAUGGCUCCAUCCAUACAAGAGGCGAGCAGCUGCACCACAUGCUCUCCUUCGGUCAUCGCAGACAUGGCGCGGUUUGCCAAGGCGUUUGGGGACGAGAUCGAGAGACGGAUUUCGAUGGUCAGGCUGAUUGUGGAACCGUGAAACGGACAUGCGCGAGGCGCGGGCACUUUAUUUCGCUUUGUAUGUUAUGACAACCAACGAAGCGAUAGCACCUACCCGGUCUAUAUACGUUGCAUUUUGGGAUGAUUCGCUUUCCUGUUCAUGUGCUUAGUUUCAUCAUCAUAGUAUGGCAGCAAUCCUGCGUGUGCAUUGUUC